AUGAAAACUUGUUCCAUCAUCUUCCUCUACUUGGCGAUUCUCCAAUACUGUUUCCACUUCUCUGUUUCAUCAUCACCUCUUCUUCUCCCUCUCUCUCACUCUCUCUCAACCUCCAAACACUCUUCCUCUCCUCUCCACCUCCUCAAAUCAUCCUCCUCCCGCUCCUCCGCUCGUUUCCGCCGCCACCACAAACGUCAGAAACAACUUCCUCUUCCUCUCUCUUCCGGCAGCGAUUACCUCCUCUCAUUAUCCGUCGGCUCCUCCGCCUCCGUUUCCCUCUACUUAGACACCGGAAGCGACCUUGUAUGGUUCCCUUGCCGUCCUCUCACCUGCAUCCUCUGCGAAUCAAAACCUCCUCCUCUCCUCUCCACUCUCUCCUCCUCCGCCUCCACCGUCCCCUGCUCCUCGCCUUCUUGCUCCGCCGCUCAUUCCUCCCUUCCCUCCUCCGACCUCUGCGCCAUCUCCAACUGUCCUCUCGACCUAAUCGAAACCGGCGAAUGCAACACUUCUUCCUACCCUUGCCCGCCUUUCUACUACGCUUACGGUGACGGCUCUCUCGUGGCACGCCUCUUCUCCGACUCGCUCUCUCUCCCUCCCGCCUCCGUCGCUAAUUUCACCUUCGGCUGCGCACACACCACCCUCGCCGAACCUAUCGGCGUCGCCGGAUUCGGCCGCGGACGCCUCUCGAUUCCCGCUCAGCUCGCCGCUUACUCUCCUCACCUCGGAAAUAGCUUCUCUUACUGCCUCGUCUCUCACUCGUUCAAGUCGGACCGAGUCAUCCGUCCGAGUCCACUCAUCCUGGGCCGUUUCGUCGACGAAAAAGAGAAACGCAUCGGAGACAACGAUGACGAGAAGAUCGAAUUCGUGUACACAGAGUUGCUUGAAAACCCGAAGCAUCCUUACUUCUACUCUGUUUCCCUCCAAGGAAUCUCCAUCGGAAAACGGAAUAUUCCUGCUCCGACGAUGCUCAGACGAGUGGACAGAAACGGCGGCGGAGGAAUUGUAGUCGAUUCGGGGACGACGUUCACGAUGCUUCCGGCGAAAUUCUACAAUUCGGUGGUGGAGGAAUUCGACAGUCGGGUCGGGCGGGUACACGAUCGGGCUGAUCGGGUCGAAUCGGGUACAGGUAUGAGCCCUUGCUACUAUUUCAAUCAGACGGUUAGAGUUCCAGCUCUCGUUUUGCAUUUUGCCGGGAACGGAUCCAGUGUUGCGCUCCCCAGGAGAAAUUACUUCUACGAGUUCACGGACGGUGGAGAUGGAAAAGGAGAGAAGAGGAAAGUCGGGUGUUUGAUGCUGAUGAACGGUGGGGAUGAAUCGGAGCUUCGAGGUGGGACCGGAGCAAUCUUGGGGAAUUACCAGCAACAAGGGUUCGAGGUUGUGUAUGAUUUGUUGAACAGAAGGGUCGGGUUCGCUAAGAGGAAGUGCGCAUCUUAUUGGGAUACGUUGAACCAGGGCUAA